AUGAAGGCAUUAAUCUUUUUAUAGGAAAAAGCAGAAUAAGAAGGGACUGGAUUUAUUCCUUUUAAAGAUGAAAGAGAUGAAUUAGGAAAUCUUAAGGGUUUAACAAAAAGAAGUUGUUCAAGAAUUAAUAAUAAAAAAAGUGAACAUAUUUUUGAUAGAACAACUUCCAAUACUUCCAAAACAUCUUAAAUGUAAUAAAUUAUAAGGAAUAAUUAAUAGAAAUAAAAAAGUUAGAUUUCUUAAAGAGAUUUAUUCAACUCAUGGAAAUUCUGAUUGGUGCAGUUUAACGCAUUUACGUAAACUAGAUAAAAAGUUUUAAUUAAAUAUUGAAACAGAGUUCUAAGUUUAAAAACCACUAACAGGAUUGAAUUAAAAGUUAUAAUUCAAUGAUGGAAUUGUCAGAAAAUUAACAACAAAUAUAUGUAAUUCACCAAGGCUUGGAAAAAAAUAGAAAACUGAAAAUUAUACUCCUCCCUUAGGGUAUUAUCAACCAUAAGAAAUCUUUAAAAGACAACCUAUGCUUGUUUUCAUGGAUCAAUAAAUUCAAAAUUAAAAUAGAUUAUCCCAACAUAAAUUCAGUAGAACUGAAGCAUCAACUGCCUAACUUGGUAUUAGACCAAGAUUAUCACCAAAUAAAGACUCUCCUAUUCCAUAAGAGAUAUUAGAAAAAGCUUUUAAAACUGAGAGAAUAAUUACAUAAUAAAAAUACAAAUAUGUUCCUUAAAUGAUUGAUGAAAAAAAUCUCGAUAAUAUAACAGCUAGAAUUAAUUCCAUAAGGUAAAAAAUCUUGCAUUAAAAAAUGAACAGUUUAUCUAAUCAAUGA